GGUCUGUGGUCAGAAUUCAGAAAAUUUAAAAAAGUUACCUAUACUUUAAUCGCUCGAAUGGAAAUAACAAAUAUCUUUUUAUAAGAUAAUACAAAUGAUAUUUUGUCGUCAUUAUCUAGCUUCUUGGACAACGAGUGUUGUAAAUAUGUUUAUUAAACCAAGCACAAGCUUGUAUCAGUCAAAAAUGAACAUAAAAACUACAGCAGACGUUAAAAGUGAAGCUAAAAGGAUAGUGUGGGUAGAUCUAGAAAUGACAGGUCUAGACAUAGAGAAGGACCAUAUUCUGGAGAUAGCCUGCCUGGUUACCGAUGCGAGUCUGAACAUUGUUGCAACAGGACCAAAUAUUAUCAUACAUCAGUCGGAUGACAUAUUGAACAAUAUGCACCAGUGGUGUGUUACGCAACAUGGUGAGACUGGCCUGACUGACGCAAGCCGUGAAUCUUUAGUAUCACUAAGUGACGCCGAAAAUCAAAUACUAAACUUUGUCAAGGCGCAAGUACCUGAAAAUAAAUGCCCUUUGGGAGGUAACAGCGUGUAUAUGGACAGACUAUUCCUACGAAAAUACAUGCCUAAGUUAAACAACUAUUUACAUUAUAGAAUAAUUGAUGUUAGUACAUUAAAGGAAUUGGCGAAAAGGUGGUACCCCAAGGAGUAUUCAAGAACACCUCAAAAAAAAUUCGAGCAUAGAUGUCUAAGUGAUAUUUUGGAAAGUAUCGAGGAGUUGAAGUAUUAUAAGCAGCAUAUUUUUAAAACUGUGUAAAGUUUGUCUUAUUUCAGGCUCAGUAUCCACCAAAGUGGAGAUGGAUGGCGAUAUGUAUAGCAGUAAAUCAAAAAUCUGUUUCAACACAUCUCUGCUUCAGUGGAUACUGGGCCUUAUAGUGGGUACUGAACACAGUUUAGCAACAGUACAGUUCAGAAAUAGCCUUUUAUAUCUUGCACUGGCUGCAAGAUAAAUUGCUCAUAGUAAUGAGAUUACUCUCUAUAUGUUUUCUCUUUCUAUGGCUGCAAUGUUUGUAUGCAAUAGAAUUACAUAAACAAAAAAAAAAGGCUGCAAUUCAUGUAAAGCAACUCUGACUUUUCAAUCCAUGUAAACCUAUGAUUGAUGCACGGGUUAGUGAAUUGCACAAUGACAUAUUAUGUAAUUUUAAAGUAAAUAGGCAAAUAAGCUUUUAAGUUUAUUUUUCUAUUAGACAUUUUAAUUUUUAAGGGACUUUUGAGUUUUGUCUGACAUGGACAUGCUGUUAUAAUUACAGCCUGUAAUUAUAUUCACCUGAAUCUUUCUCUACACGUUAUCUACGUCCCAUAGUAGAUAUGUGCUAUAAACCCUUAAAUUAUUAUUUCGAAGAUUUUUCGAUGGUGUUGGGCUCGAUUCGUAUUGGAAUUUAUUUAUGUUUUAUUUACUUUCUGUCUUUACAAUUAAAUUAAAUUAACCUGGU